AUGGAUAUUGAAAAUAAAAAAUGCAAAAAUCUUUUUAUAAUUUUUAUUCUAUUUUUUGUUUUAAUACUAUCUACAUUAGGGUCUAAAAGUCAAUCUGUUAAAAAAUUUAAAAGAGAAGAUGAUGACCAAACGAGUAAUGAAAAUGAAAAUCACAAUAGAAACGAUUUGCCAAAUAAAUUUUCUGAAACUAUAAUGUAUAAUAAUAUAGAUACAUUACAUAAUGAUAGAGUUACAAAUAGUUCACAUAAUUAUAAUGAUAAAUUUAUAUCUGAAGACUAUUUAAUGGAAACACAAAAUAGUAAUCAUGAACAUUUUAUUUUAAAGAAAAAUUCUCAAAUGAAUAAUUUAAAUAAACAUAGUGAAAAGAUAAGUUUCGCUAAUGAAAAUGAUAUUUAUAAAAAUGAUAACAAUAUAAAUGAAACUUAUUAUUACGACUAUGAUCAAUCAAAUUUUUUAAAUGAAAAUGUAAAUGUAAUUCCCAAUAAUUAUAAUUUUAUUGGGGUUAAAAAAAAAGGAAAUGGUAAUCUAGAAAAUGAUUCUAAUUAUAAUAAAGAAAUGAAUGAAUACGAAAGUAAUAAACAAAACAAAGAAAAUGAGAAGCACAAUAUUGAAAAAUAUAAAAAUAUUCAAGAAAAUGAAGAAGAAUUAAUAGAUAAUAAUACUAUAUUAUACAAUGAAAAAAAAGAAGAAAAUAUUAUAGAUACUAUAUCUCAUAUUCAAAAUGUAGAAAAUUUAAAAAAAAAUUAUAAUAAAAUUUAUGAUAGUAAUAAUAUGAAAGAAAAUGAAAAUAUUGAAAUCAUAUCAGAAGAUAAAAAUAGUAAUUCAAAACAUUAUUAUAAUAAAGAAAUAAAUUUAGAUAGUUUAGAUAAAAUACAUAUUAAUAAUAACAUAGAUAAUAAUAUAUCUAAAAGUAAUAUUAAUAUAGAUAGUAAUGUUAAUACUAUUGAGGAAUCUAAUAAUACAAAAAAUAUUUCUUUAAAUUAUAUUAGUAAUAACACAGAAAAUUUUCAUUAUGAUAAUGAAAAUGUAUUCAAUAAUGAUAAUAAUGAUAAUUUUAAUAAUAAUACUGAAAAUAAAAAUAACGAUAAUGUCAAUAAUGAUAAUAAUGAUGAUGUGAGUAGUAAUAAUAAUAAUAAUAAUAAUAUUGUGAAUAAUGAUAAUAAUGAUGAUGUAAGUAGUAAUAAUAAUAAUGAUAAUGUGAAUAAUGAUAAUAAUGAUGAUGUAAGUAGUAAUAAUAAUAAUAAUAUUGUGAAUAAUGAUAAUAAUGAUGAUAUGAGUAGUAAUAAUAAUAAUAAUAAUAAUAUUAAUAAUUUGAAUAGUGAUAAUAAUGAUGAUGUAAGUAGUAAUAAUAAUAAUAAUAAUAAUAUUGUGAAUAAUAAUAACAAUCUUCAUGAAUCUAUAGAAAAUCAAAAGAAAAAUAUUGUAUUAGAAGAUAAUUCAAAUAUAACUAAAAAUAAUUCUUUAAAGAAUGAUAUCAAUAUUGACAAUUUUGAUAAUUUUAAUGGAAUAGUAUUAAAUAUAUAUUUCACUGAAAAUAUAAAUUUAUAUACAAAAGUAAAAGUAGGUGGCCAGUUGUUAAAUUUAUCUUUAAAUAGUAGAUUAGAGGGAAUUUACGUUUUUAUGAAAGAUUCUCAAGCUUGUUAUAAAAAUAAUAAUGAAAAAAAUUGCUAUGAUCCCAAUAUUUCAAAAAAAUCAACUUGGUGUAAUAAUGAUUUGAUUUGUUUACCACCAAUUUUAACAAGACCUUACGAAUGUUUUAGUGAAAAUAAUUUAAAUAUUCAGAAUAAAGUAGAAUAUCCUAAUAUAUAUUAUGAUUCCUUAAAAUUCAGUGAAAGUCAUAUUGAAGGAUCUGAUGAUGUAGAAUUAAUCGACAUAUUAAGUAAAAAUAUUACAAAUGACAAUAAAGAAUUAUCACUUUUUGAAAAUUCUAAUAUUAAGUUAGUUUUAGAUAUUACUUUUUAUAAAAACUGGAGCUUAUAUAAAGAUACUGAUGGAAUUUUAGGUUUGGCAGGGAAAGAAUUAGGUUGUAGAAAUGCAAGUGUGUGGAAUAUUAUAUGUGAAAAAAAUAAUUUAUUAUUUGGUAUUGAUAUAAAUUUGCCAGAAAAAGCUAUAAAAAAAUUUGUUCCUAAACUGAAUGAAAGUAUAAAAAAAGAUAUAUCAAAUUAUAAAAACCCAUUAUAUAAAGGUUUGAAAGUUUCUAAACUUAAAAAAGAAUUAAAAAAUGAUCUUUGUAAAAAGGGAGCAAAUUAUUACCAAGCAGAUCCCAAGCAUACUAGUGAAAAAUUAGCAGAUAAUAAAAAAAAUAACAAUAAAAAUAAAUAUGAAAAAAUCCAAGUUACGAGUAAUAAUAAAAAUACAUUUAUUAAAAAAGAUGAUAUUGCUAAUUAUGAUACAAAAGAAAUAAAAGAAAAAGCAAAUAUUAAUCGUUAUGUAGCAAAUUCUGAUAUAAUUUCGUAUAAUUCAGAAAUACAUAUAGGAGAUUAUAAAAAAAAUUAUGGACCAAUUAUAUGGGCAGAACCUAGAGAACGAGGUGGGAUUUUUUCUGAUUCAUUCAUGCAAUUUACCAUAUAUAAUCUAGAAGUGUGUAAUAAAAAUAUAUUUGGGAAAUAUAGUAGUAAUUGGCAGGGAGUUAUUGAUUUAAGUAGUAAAUGCUUGGUUUUACCAAAAAUGUUUUGGUUAAGCCUAAUGGAAUAUCUUCCAGUUAAUAAAAAUGAUGAAAGAUGUAUACCAAAAAAUAAAAAUGUAGAGUUUAAUGAAAAUACAAUACCUAGAAUGUGUUCUGUUGAUGAGAAGAAUAGGCCAUUACCAGUUUUAAAGUUUGUUUUUUCAGAUAAUGAUAUUGUAAGUGAUAAUAAUAUAAAUAAUGUAGAAUCCAAUUUACAAGAAAUUAACAUCCCUUUAGAUAAUCUUAUCAUAAAUGAUAAUAAACAAGAUGAAAAUUAUUUAUGUGUUAUACCUGAUAUACAAGAAGGAAAAUCAAGUGAAAAUAAUGGAAGAACAACAAAACCAUUAAUAAAAUUUGGAACUUAUGUAUUAAAUAAUUUAUAUGUGGUAGUAGAUCAAGACAACUAUAGAGUAGGAUUUGCACAUAAAAAAAGUUACCAUUAUUCAAAUGAUAAGUGUACACAAAAGGUGGAAUGUAUAGGAGAUCAAUUUUAUGAACCUGCUUUGAAUAUAUGUGUUAAUCCAGAUUGUUCUAUUUGGUAUUUUUAUAUGCUUAAUGAUGAAACAAAAAAAUGUGAAUCUCUUUCUCCUAGAUUUUACUUCUUUAUAAUAAUUCUAUUAACUUUAUUAAUAUUAGAUAUUCACUCCUACUACUUUUAUAGAAAAUCUGUGCAUGUUGCUAAAGUAUCAUCACGAUAG